AAUUAAACUAAAAAUUACUUUAUCUUAAUUAAAUAAAAAUAAUUAAAAAAAAAUAAACUAUUUAUAAAUUGGAAGUUCCCAAAAUGCAUAGAGUAAAAAGUCUGUUGUGUAAGCUACGAGUACGUUUGUUUUUUCGGCAAAGAAAUAGUCAAUAAUGUGGUAACCCUCAUUUUUGUUCUUGUUGUCAUUUUACCUGAUUUUACAUUCUUCAAAUCCAUCAUCAACCUGUUAGUUACACAUUUUAAGUUCACGACAAAGCAUUGCAAAAUAAAUACAAUGGCGAACAAUCCAACAUUGAUGAAUACGUCGCAGACCGCACGGCUCGACAGUUAUUGCAGUGAAAUAAUGCAGUUACAGCAGUCACAAGAUGUGGACUUUUUAAAAAACGCGUUAGGACAAAUAAAUCUUGAUGCUUCAGAGUCCAAUUUUAGCAGCAGCUUCCUAAAUGAAACACUCAGUGUAUAUGCCCUACUCGCAAGUGUUGGCUUGGAAAUUUAUAUGGAUUUGUUUGCGGAGCAUAAUAUUGAGUUAGAACAGUUCUUAGAGUUGACAUAUUUGGAUUUGCAGUUAUUUGGAAUAGAUGAUUGCAGGCACCGUAAUCUUAUUAUGGAAGUAAUUGCUGCAUUUCGAUUUGAUUAGUGCCGUGUACAUCAGUUGAUGUAUUAUAGUGAAAACCAUACAUAUUUAAGGAAAAAUUCAAAGAACUUAAAUACGUUUUAAUCUGUUU